AAGCGUGAAUCUACCUUUUCCUGCGUGCGUGCGUGUGACGCGCGAGCGUCGCACCGCCCCGCGUAGGCUACCGGAGCCAUCACCGUGUCUACCUGCACGAUGAGCGGAAAAAGAAUGGCGCAAGCUAAUGCAUCGUUUAACGGCUAAAUCCUCGCCAUUUAUUUCUGGUGCAGUUGGAGCACAAACCGUGAAAAGGAACUGUCGCCCGAAAACCGUUCCGAUCACCAGGAGCGAAAAAGCCGAGGCGCGUGCACGCUGCAGCAAAUGGCAACUUGUGCAGUGAAAAGUUUCUCAACUGUGUCAGAAGCAGCUUCAGAUUCUGAUGAUGAAGAUAAACUCCACAUUGUGGAAGAAGACAGUAUUGCUGACACUUCAGAGGAAAAGCCGUCAGUAUUCCAGCUCGGUGCAGCACAGCAGCUACACAAGGGACAUACAUUGAAUGAUGGCAACCUGGGGCCAGAUGCUUUGAUACAGGAAAUAAGGGUGAAAGAGGAAUGUGUAACUGAUGAAGAGGAUGAAGGAGGUCAGAUGAAUGAAACCCCAUGGCAGGGAAAGAAAGGGGUCAUUUGUCCAGACAUUCCAGAGGAGGAACAGGGCACGCCAGAAAGAGGUGUCCAUGAUGAGAACGGUACACCUGAUGAUUUCUCUCAGCUCCACUCAUGUCCAUACUGUUCCCGAGGUUACAAGCGUCACACAUCGCUGAAGGAGCACAUCAAGCUGCGUCAUGAAAAAAGCAAGGAUGACUUCAGUUGCUCUCUCUGCAGCUACACUUUCACCUAUCGCACACAGCUUGACCGACACAUGAACGCUCACAAAAAUGGAAGAGAGCAGAAGAUGGUUUCACAUUUGGGAGGAAACAGAAAGUUCAAAUGUACAGAGUGUUCUAAAGCCUUUAAGUAUAAACAUCACCUGAAGGAACACCUACGCAUCCACAGUGGAGAGAAGCCAUAUGAGUGCUCAAACUGUAAGAAGCGCUUCUCCCACUCUGGCUCCUACAGUUCUCAUAUCAGCAGUAAGAAGUGUGUAUCAAUUUCCCCUGCUGUUAAUGGCUUGUCUCACACUCCUGGAGUCAAAGCAGCCCAUACCCUGAUUCACCCUACACGUAUCCUCUUGCGGGAGAAAGUUGACAUUGAUAACAAACCUUUAGAGGAACAGCUUCCUCCUAAGAAGAUUAAAGAAGAGCCUGAUGAGCAUGAACUUAAACCUGUCAGAACUACAUCGGUUGUUACUACAACCGCUAUCAACACUACCAGCACUACUAAUAAAGGAGGUGGAAUUUCUAUUCAGUCUGCUGCUCCUCAGGGUGUAGUACAGACACUAGUUUUACCUACUGUGGGUCUAGUUCAGCCAAUAAGCAUCAACCUACGAGACCUCCAGAACACGUUGAAAGUGGCAGUGGAUGGAAACAUGGUGUGGCAGGCUGUGCCUAGCUCAAAUGCUAAUGGAGCUAGUAGUAAGGUUGUUAAUCAAGGGCAGCCACAAGCAGUGCUUGUGCAGUCUCCCCAUCCCCAUUUGCAGGUGAUUUCUGCAAUCUCUCUCCCUGUGCUGGAUCAGGAUGGAAAUUCCAAAAUUAUCAUAAACUAUAGUGUAGACCCACAAAUUAGCACAUCAGAUUUGAACGCAGCACAGUCAGCAUUGCGACAUCAAACUUUGGCCCAAGCAAAAGUUCUAGAGCCAAAUAUGGCACCACCAGAAGUGGUAAAGUUGAAUUCAACACAAACUACAAAGGUGGCACAAACUAACACGACACAGUCUAAUGUCACUCCAACCCAAAAACCACCCACCUCUAGACCAGUACCUGCACAAAGAAGUAUACUUAAAUCCACAGAGUCAGCUGCUCAGAAUAAAACAGCAUCCAUAAUAAAAGUCACAAAGCUGGUCCCAGGAAAGACAAAGCAUACACAGCCAGCAUUGUUGCUUCUAAGAACAACCAAUGGGUCUCAGGGCCUGGUGGUGAGACAGUUAGCAGCGGUGAACCCACAAGUAACUCCAGCUGUAGGAACUACAGAUCUGAAAUCAACCCCAGAAUGUACCAUCAUGGCAGCAGAACACAAUUCACUCAUUGAGCUGAACCAGGUUGCAGAAGAGACCAAUACCUCUAGGGACAGCUGCCAGCCUGAAGACCUGAGGUCAACUUUGCUACAGGGAAAUCAGUUCAAAACUGAGACUGAGAUUAAGGCAGAUUGUGAAGAAGCUUUACAGAUAGAGAGAGAAAAGGAGAGAGAAAGGAAAGAGGGAAUGACUGCACAAAGUGAUUCAACAACAGCUCACAGAAGUGUUGUUUGUGAUGAUGGCUUCCAUAACUACGCUACAUGUCUUUUUUGUGACAACAGCCCCAGCAGCACUGAUAACCUGAAUUGUCUCAACAGCAAUGAACAAGGACCUGACAGGUCUCUCUCUUCUCUGCUGGGGGAUGAAGACUUUGGAAGUGUAGAUCAGCCACCUAUGAAGAGUCUUUUGCCCCUCCUUGAGGCAUACAGCAAAGACUCACACCCCAGUGAAGAGCAGCUGUCUCAAGUUGCUGUAUCAGUCAGUUUGCCUGUGGAUGUGGUCAGUCGGUGGUUUCAAAGAAUGCGCUUAAAGAACAUAUUACUACACCACCCUGAAAAUCGCCAAAAUGGGCAACAGACUAUUGCAAACUCUCAACCAGAGCCCAGUAUGGACGCCCAGACCCAAAUCCUGGACGUUCCAACUGAACCACACAAUGAGGAAUCGGUGGGCCAGCACAGAGACCCUCCUUCUCUAAACCUCUCUACAAAUGAUAUUGAUAUCAUCAUAAAGACGGAGGAUGUGGAAGAGAAAGGGCAAGCCGAACCUUUGGAUCUCUCACUCCCAAAGUCCUCUUGUUGUAAUGGUAACACCUCUGUCACCAUUGCGGUGUCUGCCACCAAGCCAUCUAUCCCCACCCAAGAGGAACCGCUCAAUCUGACAUGUUUCAAGAAGGACACAUUGGAUGGCAACACCAUUUAUGUGACACAGUCAGCCACAAGUCCGAUAAACAUCAUAGCCACACCUUUGCCAACUCUGGUUGCCAUUGCAGAGCCUGGUGGAAUUCCCUGCCUAAGAGCUGCCAUCUCCACCAAACAGCACACCAUCCUCAUCCCCCAGCUGUCCUACACAUAUACUUCCCCUUCCACCAACAGCAAGGCUAACCUCACCACUUCCUUCAGCAACAAGGCUAGCACCAUCACCACAAUACCAUCAACAGACACACAGGGAACAGUACUCGAUGGCUGUCAGAAGGAGAAGACUGAUGCUGGAGAUGAAUCCAUGUCCAGGUGCGAGGGGCUGAAUGACUGCAACCUUUCCCCCAACAAGAAGAGGAGGAAGAUGCAUGGUGGCCAGUAUGCAUGUGACCUAUGUGACAAGAUUUUCCAGAAGAGCAGCUCUUUACUACGUCACAAAUAUGAACAUACAGGUAAACGUCCUCAUGAGUGUGGAGUCUGUAAGAAGGCAUUUAAACACAAGCACCACCUAAUCGAGCACUCACGUCUACACUCUGGAGAGAAACCAUACCAGUGUGAUAAAUGUGGCAAACGCUUCUCACACUCCGGCUCUUACUCCCAACACAUGAACCAUCGCUACUCCUACUGCAAGAAGGAAGGUUAUGACCAGCCAGAGACAAAUAAUGCUUCAUCCACACCUCCCUCACAGCUUGACUCAGAUGAGAGGGAGAGCGAAGUUGAAGAGGAGAUAGAUGAUGAUGAUGAUGAUGAUGAUGAUGAAGAACCAGAAGGAGAAAAAGAUGGUGAAGAUUUUUCUGGCUUUGACAUGAGUGACAUAAGAGUGGUCAGGGUUGGUGAGGAAUAUGAUGAAGAAGAGGAGGAAGUGGGGAGAGGAGGGAAAAAACAGGUGACAGAAGAGGACCCAGUGGAGUUGGAUACUCUGGAAAAGGAAGUGGUGAAGAUUUUGGGCAUGCAAGACAUGAUGGACAGCAAAACAAAGGAGGAAAUGGGGAAAACCAGUGGAGAAUGACGUGUUAAAUGACGCUGUAGAAAACAAGUAAUGAUGUUUCUCUCUAGUAACUCCAUAUUGCUCUGUGAAAGAUUAAGGCUUAACAAGCCCUUGGUUGACUCUUGAAGACAGUGAGUUACUUUGGAAGGAUUAUUUUGUGUUUUUAAUUUACUGUGUAUGAUCACUGGUGUGCCUGAUCCACAAAUUACAGCAGUAUGUAAACUAGCUAUAUAAAAAAUCAGAAAAUUGUUCAAUUUCAUUAGCUGGAUUCAACUGAAAGGUUUUACUGAACCUCAACUUCCAGUUGUUUAUUAUUGUUACUGAUGACUUACUUUGAAUUGUUCCAUCUGCAGUCAGGUGACAUUUCUACACAUUUUUAUUGCCAGUGAAGUUUACUAAAUCAGUAUUUUAUCAAUAUUUUAGUACUUUGAGAUAAAAACUAAGAUGCAUUGUAGGUACAUUUAUGAUUUUAUUUAUGAAUACAUAAUGCCUCAAGUAAAUACCAUUCAGUAUUUUUAUUCUAAUUAGGCCAGCCAGUGUUUGCAUAGCAAUUUAGUUUUUGUGUCUGUACAAAGGAAGUAAGUUUGCACUUACAUAUCAUGGGAUCAUCUAUAAAGAUAAAAAAAAUAAUUGAUAUGUAAUCCAUUAAACAGCUAAAUUAUUGUUGUUGUGGUAUAAAUUAUGUUUGGUUGGAAUCCAUAUUCAAUUCUAAUUUAAUGUAAACACUCCUAAAUGCUAAUAUCUGCAAAAAGAAUUUGAUGAUUAAAUUCUAAUAAUGACAACGUUGUUAAUGAAAAAAGUUCAUUAAGUGGUCAUCCUUGCUAUGUUGGUGAUUUCUUAUAGAUGAUGCAUACUAUAAAGUGCACUUUUCUGUGGUAUAGUAUGUAGGAACAUGACACAGCUUAAAAACACUUCAGUCAGGGAAUUGUGUAGGUCACAACUCAAAACCAGUGUUAGCUCUCCUUCUCCUUCACAGAAUUAUUUUCACUUAACAGUGCAGUACAUGCCCAGAGAGGUCUGUGAUGGAGUACCUAUAGAAAUACAGUAAUUUAAUUUUAUAACAUCCUCCUCAAAACAUGUACUUAGAGAGAUUAAAACUAGUAACAUUUUGUUAAUUUACCAUUUGUACUAGUUUAUUAACCAUACAUUUUGAAGCCAUUUAUAACACAAGUAUUUAAGUAGUGUGAACUAUUAGAUUUGCAGAUCAAGUUUAUUGAAUGCAGUUAUGAGAACACAUUGUUUCACCCUUAGCAUUAUUGAAUUCUUAAUGUGUUAAUUUGUAAUAGAUGAACUAUGAAAGGUUCUAGGGAACCCCUCGCCAGCCUUAUGCAAGACCGCCAAGCUGUAUGUGCCAUUCAUUCUAAUUAAUUUGCUAAUCCAUAAACAAAUAAAUCGUUUUAAAGCCAAUUAUGAAGUAUUUUAAGACUUCUCUAGAUGUGUAGUCUAGAAACCAAGUUAACUUUCAUUUAGACUUUUCAGAAAAAUAGACAAAUUUAGCAUUUAUUAUGAUGGAGAAAUAAAUCAUGAAGGCAGUUUUUGAUUCUUGUUGUGUGUUAUAGUUUGGGUUUACAGUUUUUCUCAUGCUGGCCUUGUGAAUACUUAUGGCUGCUUACUUUGGCUUAGAGCAGUAUAACAUUUCUAUGUGAAAUGGUUUGGAUGCCAGUGGUUUGGAAACUUAUAAUCAAAGGGCCAUUAUGAAACUAAAGUAUUUUUCCCACUAAUUAAGUAAUACCUGAUUUAAUCAUUCAGUUAUUACAUGCUUAGUAAUUUACCUUAGGGUAAUUACUGGAUAAUGUGGCAUAACUGAAUUGGUCAGAAUUUGAACAAAUGCACUGGCCCCCACACUACUGCUUUGGAGACAAUAAGCAGUCAGAUUAAGGUAUAGGAAAAUGAGGAAACAACAAAGUGACAAUGAAGGAGUGAACACAUUCUAGUGAAGGAGUGCACUUGAUGUAAGAAACAGAAGCAAGUGACUGUGUUUAAUUGUAUUGUUUUUUUUAUUGUUUUAACCAUUACACAUUACAGUAUUAUUCAUUGUUGAUGUAUUGUUUUUAAAUAUUUGUGUUUACAUCAAUGCACAUGUAUAUUGUGUAUUUUUACCUUCAGUAUUAAAAAUAUCAACAACAAUAAUGUUUUUAGUUUUUAAUAAGAUUUUUCAUUUUAAUGUUUGUUUGUUUUUUUUCUCCACACAUAUGGGCAGUAUUAUAGGUUGUACUUUUCAGAUUUCACUAGUUUUACAUUGGAGGUGAGGUAUUGUAUUUAUUACCAGCGUAGCACAGGGAUUUUGGCCCUGUCUGAAUCAGUCAUGUCAGUAAUUUUUAUAGACUGCAUGUGUAUGUGUCUAGGAAGAUUAUGCUGAAUGUUACCUUCUAUAAAGUGACCAGUUUUAAGAAAAAUAAAAAAAGAAAGUUAAUACAGUUGAGGAUAAAAGUUUAUAUACACUUAGGCUAACAACAUUCAAUCUCAGUUUUUCACAACUAGACACAGUUCAUGUUACCACACAUUUCCUGUGAGUCAAUUAUGGUAUCUACUUUAUUUCCAUAAGAGGUGAUUUCAAAAUAAUAGCUGAGACAUUUCCAGUGCCCUCUGAAAGUAUUGGAAUGGCAAGGCAAAUUAUUUUGUUUUUGCUAUAUACAAAUACAUUUGGGUUUGAGAUCAAAAGAUGAAUAUGAGACAACAAAUAAGAAUUUCAGCUUUCAUUUCCUGAUAUUUACAUCUAGAUGUGUUUAAACAACUUGGAACAUGGCACUUUUUUGUGGUAGACCACCCAAUUUUUAGGCAAUCAAAAAUAAUGGAUCAGAUAGUCUUAAUUUAAAGUAAAUAACACUUAAUACUUGGAUGCAUAUCCCUUGCUUGCAAUAACUGCAUCAGUAGUUUGUUUCUUUUUCAGGACAUUCCAUAUUGGUGUAUUGGCUAUGCCCAAUGCUUGUGCAAUAGCUCUGAUAGAUUUUUCCACUUUUCUCCGCUUCAAAACGCUUUUCUCCCAUAGAUAGCUCUCUGGUCGUCAUGUUGGUUUAUCCUGUUUUAACAAUAAAUGUAGUCUUCACAGGCGAAACCUAGGGCACAAACCAAUACUAGACAUUCAGAGCCAUUCAUUCUUUAAACAAUCAAUUUAACAGG